UGCGUAAGCGGGCGGGGGCGGGGUGGAGGCGUUGGCGCUGCCACGUCUUGGCUGCAGCGGCGGCGACGACUGUGGUGCUGAAGGUGGAGGUGGAGGAGGUGGGGUUGGCCCUGAGGCAGGAUCCGGAUCCAGUACUGUGUACCCGGGUGGGUGAGAGUCUGCCGGGCCGGGAGAGGAGCGCCGACUGCGGGGUCUCUACUGACCUUACUGCAAAGAUGAAACCUGAUGAAACUCCUAUGUUUGACCCAAGUCUACUCAAAGAAGUGGACUGGAGCCAGAAUACAGCUACAUUUUCUCCAGCCAUUUCCCCAACACAUCCUGGAGAAGGUUUGGUUUUGAGGCCUCUUUGUACUGCUGACUUAAAUAGAGGUUUUUUUAAGGUACUAAGUCAGCUGACAGAGACUGGAGUUGUCAACCCUGAACAAUUUAUGAAAUCUUUUGAGCACAUGAAGAAAUCUGGGGAUUAUUAUGUUACAGUUGUGGAAGAUGUGACUUUAGGACAGAUUGUUGCUACAGCAACUCUGAUAAUAGAACAUAAAUUCACCCAUUCCUGUGCUAAGAGAGGAAGAGUAGAAGAUGUUGUUGUUAGUGAUGAAUGCAGAGGAAAGCAGCUUGGCAAAUUGUUAUUAUCAACCCUUACUUUGCUAAGCAAGAAACUGAACUGUUAUAAGAUUACCCUUGAAUGUCUACCACAAAAUGUUGGUUUCUAUAAAAAGUUUGGAUAUACAGUAUCUGAAGAAAACUACAUGUGUCAGAGGUUUUUAAAGUAAAAAUCUUUUAAGAAAGACAUUUGUUGAAGGAGCUAAUGCAAGAAGGCUAUAUAUCCUUCCUAGAGGUAAAAUAUUUUGCUGCAACCUAGUGACCUCUAUAGAUACUGGAUUGUAAAAAAACAUUGUAUACAAUAAAUAUUAAUGACAUUAGAUUACUUUGGGUUGGUGGGACAUGCUGUGAGUUUAGAUUACAAACAAAUAUUAUAAAGAGGAUGAUUUUUAACCAAAGGAGUAUAUUUUUAACUUGAAUCUUUUCUUGCAUUGUAUUUUUCUAAAGUUGGGCUUCAUUUCUUGGUAGAGUAUAGGUAGUAAGGAGUUAUGUAUUUGCUGUCUGUACUGCUUAUUUUUAAAAAAGCACACAAUGAAUAAGGCUGUUUCUUGUCACAUUCAUAAAAUUAUUUUUGUUUCAAAGAAACAUCUAAAUACCAAUUAGGGAUGUGUAAUUUCCCAUAUAUUAGUUGAAAUCGGAUAAGUUAUAUAUAUGUAAUACAGUCCAACAUUUGUUGAUCCUACUACUGUAUUGGCAAAUAACCUGGUCAGCCUUUUAAAGUAGAAAUGAAAACUAACUUGUAAAAAUGUGACAUGGUUCAAAGUGAAACAAAUGUACGUACAUCUAAAAGUUAUACAUAGUUCUAAUGUAGAUAAAGCACCACCUGUCUUGUAUGUGAACUAUAAUAAUUACUCAUUUGUUUAAAAUACGUAAGAGCAAAACAAGGUACUUUUUAAUAGUGAAUUAGCAAGUCCUGGCAUAUUAUGUAUUUCUAACCUGAUUUCUGAUUUUUUCAUGGGUGUCUGAAGCCUCUAUUCUGAGGAACAUUUUUAUGAAAAAUCGAUUACAAAAUUGAGUGGAAUAUUUAAAAACGUAUCAUACUGUAUUUGUUACAUUCUUAAAAUGUUGACAGAAGCUUUUCUAUUUAAUGUGAUUAUAAUGGUAUUCUGGUUACUAUCCUGCUUUGACUAUAUUUAUUUAAUUAUUUAAGUUGAAGUAGGAAUUAGAUACUUUAUUAAUAAUGGUUCUAUUCUAAUCUUUUGCAUUCCAUGUUUCAUUAAACCUGUUCAUAUGAUGAAUAGUCUUUUGUUAGAAUCCUAAUGUUGUCUGUGCUUUCCUUGAGUCUUCUAUUGAACUCUACUAGGUCAAGUCAUAAUUAAUAAAAUUAGUUUUGUGUACUCUUUGUAAAAUGAACUUGAAAAGUAAAGACCACCUAUUUCUCA